AUGGAUAUGGAGAUGGAGGACGCGGCGGUGCUGGACGCGCGGUUCUGCGCGGCGGACACGGCGACGCUGGCCAUGGCCAAGGCGCUAAGCAUGUCCAGUAGCGACUUCACCGUCAUGGACGCGGCCACGGGCGCCCUCGUGCUGCGCGUCGACAGCGUGCUCUUCAGCCUGCGCCGGCGCUACGUCCUCGUAAACGCCGACCGCCGCCCCGUCCUCACCGUCCAAGAAUCAGUUUCCUUCUUUCCUCAUCUAUCGCUCGAUCUGUUUCCUCAUGUCCUCAUGUCCUGA